AUGAUCGCGUUGAAUCGCCGCCGUUGGGCUGAUAAAAGCCCAACCCUAGCUCAAGAAAUUGUGGGCAUUCGAUCGAUCGUGCGCCAUGGAUUGCGUCUUGGCGCCUUCGGCAGGGACAUCGUCCUCGAAUUUCGUGGAGCUCCGCGGCGGCGAUGGAUUCCGGAGGCUGGGAUUCUCUCGAAUCCGUCGCAGAUUCAUCAUCGCGCCAGGCGCCCGGUGGUGCUGCUGUGCUCGCAGAACGCGAAUGUAGCUGCCACAGAAUCCACCAGCGUCGAUACAGCUCUAAAGAGCAAAGGCAAGGAAUUGGCCAGGGACCUCAAAGGGACGUGCCUGUUUCUAAUUGGGAUGAUGGGCAGUGGAAAGAGUACUGUGGGAAAGCACUUGUCGGACGCGCUCGGGUACUACUUCUUUGACAGUGACAAGCUUGUUGAGCAGGCCGCCGGCGGCGCCAGUGUAGCUCAGAUCUUCAAGCAAAGCAACGAGGAAGGCUUUCGCGAUGCUGAGAGUGAGGUUUUAAGCCAAUUAUCUGGGAUGUAUCGAUUGGUAGUAGCGACAGGAGGAGGUGCUGUGGUGAGACCACAAAACUGGGGUUAUAUGAGACAUGGGAUCACUGUCUAUCUGGAUGUUCCAUUGGACGCAUUAGCCAAGCGUGUUGUGGCUGCUGGGACGGAGAAGAGACCACUUCUGGGAGAGCCGCAGCGAGAGUUUGCUCAUGAACAGACGUUAGCUCGAUUAACAAAGCUUUACGAGGAGAGAGGCAUGGCUUACAAGAACGCUGACGUUUCCGUGUGCCUAAAGAUGAUUGCGAAUGAGAUGAAUGCCAAGGACAUAUGUGAACUUACUCCGUCAAUAAUCGCUGUGAAGAUCAUGGAACGAACUCAAGAACUCAUCAGGAGCCAGAAACAUUACGGAUCGCCGAGAAUUGGACUGUUUUAACAUGUAGACAGAAGAACCCUCAGCUGCACACUUGUGAAUACAGACUGCAAGAAGAAUUGCUGUGAGCUUUUAGCUAUAGUGAAAAGACAUUUUUGGUAGUAUCAACAUUGUCUUGAUUCAUUGCAAUAAGAUCCAGGCCAAUGUAAGAAAAAGAAAACGCGAUUAUCA